AUGAAGUUCCUCAAGGUCGGCCGUGUGGCCAUCAUCACUCGAGGCCGAUACGCCGGAAAGAAGGUUGUCAUCAUCCAGCCCGUCGACCAAGGCACCAAGCAACAUCCUUUCUCCUACGCCCUGGUUGCCGGUAUCGAGCGCUACCCUUCGAAAAUCACCCGCCGCAUGGGCAAGACGCGAGUCGAGAAGCGAUCAAAGGUCAAGCCUUUCAUCAAGAUGAUCAACUACAACCACAUCAUGCCUACCCGAUACACCCUGGAGUUGGAAGGACUGAAGAGCGUCAUCUCGAACGACACAUUCAAGGAGGUUUCUCAGAGAGAAGAUGCCAAGAAGAAUGUGAAGAAGGCUUUGGAGGAGAGAUACCUUAGCGGCAAGAACCGAUGGUUCUUCACUCCCCUCAGAUUUUAA